AAUUAGCGGAUGACAAUGUUGUUAUUUUAUUUCUCCCAAAAAAAGGGGAGAUAUUGAUUUUCUUUCUUACCAGUUUCUCCACAGUAGUAAUCACUGAACCUCCCAUCUGCCAUUGAAGGUGCACCAAUGUUGCAAUCCCUAAAUCCGCUUCCUCCAUACUCAUUGCUCACUCAUUCUCAUCCACUCCUUAAACCUUCUCUUACUUUCCUCCAUAAACCAAUUUCACCCCAUUCUUUCUCUUCCAAUUUCCGCUCAGUUUCUCAACCAUGGCCGCUCUUUGCUAUUUCUGAUGAGGAAGGACCCAUUGAACUUUCACCCGAUGUUCCCUCAAUUUUCUCCACAAAUGAUGACCCAACACCUCUACAAGUAUCAACUAGUGUUCUUCUUACUGGGGCUAUCACUGUUUUUCUCUUUCGCUCCGUUCGUCGGAGAGCUAAACGCGCUAAGGAAUUGAGAAUGAGAUCUUCUGGUGCAAAAACUUUGAAAGAGGAAGCAUUGGAUAGCUUAAAAGCAAUUGGGACAGUCUCAAUUGAACCUAAAUCUCAACCGUCUGCUAUUCAGGCCUUUUUAGGAGCGAUCACUGCAGGUGUCAUUGCACUCAUUCUGUAUAAGUUUACAACUACAAUUGAGGCAGCUCUAAAUCGGCAGAGUAUUUCAGAUAACUUCUCGGUUCGACAAAUUACUGUCACGAUAAGGACUAUCAUCAAUGGCUUGUGUUACCUUGCAACAUUUGUCUUUGGAAUGAAUUCUGUUGGUUUAUUCCUUUAUUCAGGGCAGCUCGCCCUCAAUUCUUUUUCCGAGGACUCUGAAGGCAAUGAUGUGAAAUCUAAUGAAGAAAAUAAGACCCGUCCCUCACCGGAAAGCCCUAGUACCAGUGAAAAUAAAGAUACAGAUCAAAUUUCUUGAUACAUGCCAUGAUAGUUAGGUUAUUUUCCUUGUAUAAAACUAUAAUAUACUUUUAAGCUGAUUGUUAUCUAUUAACAGCAUAGAAACUGCACCAGAUACAAAUUUUGUAUGUAUGAAACCAGUUCGAUUUACAACCUGCACAAAUGACAUUUAAUGAAGCUAGAAAUUUACUUUGCCCC